CAUUGAAUUGAAUUGCUCAUUCGUAAUCAUCAUUGCGUUGAGAAUGGUUCUGUAUCAAGUAACAACAGUUUGGCUACUUUUGCUAGCCACGUUCAGUUAUGGAACACCGACGGAUUUUCGAAGGGGCAAUCCUAACAACUAUGAUCCCGUCGGGAACACCUUCACCAUUAUGAGUAACGUUUCCGGAGAGAGUUUCAACCGGAGCUGGUCCGAAUACCGCGACGGUUUCAAAACCCAGCGAGGCAGCAAUUGGAUUGGGUUGGACAAACUUCACCGGCUGACCAACGACGGUCACGAUUACCAGCUAAUCAUUGUGCUCUUCGCUGAGGGGGCUACUUCAUACGCCAGCUGUAACGAGUUCAAGGUUGAUUCCGAGAAGGAAGAUUAUCGCGUCCACUGUCAGUCACUGCCGGGUUACGUUGAAGUUUUGCACGACGGUUCGAGCUUUUCCACGUAUGACCAAGGUUCUGGACAGGAGCAAGCUGCUUCGUUUGGCUUUGGAUGGUGGUUUGGAGAGAAUCAAAAACCGUUCAAUGCUAUAAACAUGGUGCUAACCAAACUAAAGAAGAAAUCGUCGAAUUAAUUGGUGGAAAUUUAAAGAAUAAAAAUUGCAAAAUUAAAAUGUGCA